CUAUGAAAUAUCUUGAGAAGAGAGAGUGAAGAGGGUCGAACGAAUAUCAAAAAGAUAACGAAUCAGGAGGGAUUUUUUCUUUUCCUGAUUCUAGAAGCUGUUCCUGAUUCUAAAACCCUAACAGCUUCUUCAACUCUCUUCUUUCUAAAGAAAACUAGGCGAAAUAAUUCUGUUGAUCAUCUAUUUUCUUUUUUUUGGACAAAAACACGCCAAAGUCAGAGAGUGAAAUGGCCGCUACGUUUGGACUGACAACCCCAGCGGCCGCAGCUGCUGAGUUAACCUCGUCUUCUUCGACUUCCGUUGGAAUUUACCACAAGACCCUCUCUCCAUUCGUCUCCAAAGUAUGCAUUUCUCCAAGGACUUGCCGGAGAACUCACCGUUCGGGCGUCUGCAGUUCCUUUACGCCAAUGGACUCCGCCAAGAUAAAGGUUGUCGGUGUUGGUGGCGGUGGCAACAAUGCCGUCAACCGCAUGAUUGGCAGAGGUUUGCAGGGUGUUGAUUUUUAUGCCAUAAAUACAGAUGCUCAAGCACUGCUGCAAUCUGCUGCUGGAAAUCCAAUUCAGAUUGGAGAGCUUCUAACUCGUGGACUUGGUACUGGGGGCAAUCCCCUUCUGGGGGAGCAAGCUGCAGAAGAAUCAAAGGAAGCCAUUGCAAAUGCUCUUAAAGGAUCAGAUAUGGUGUUUAUAACUGCUGGAAUGGGUGGCGGAACAGGAUCCGGUGCUGCUCCUGUUGUUGCUGAAAUAUCAAAGGAAGGUGGUUAUUUGACUGUUGGUGUUGUCACAUAUCCUUUCAGCUUUGAAGGACGCAAACGAUCCCUCCAGGCUUUGGAGGCUAUAGAAAGACUUCAGAAAAAUGUUGAUACCCUAAUAGUGAUUCCAAAUGACCGUUUACUGGAUAUUGCUGAUGAGCAGACCCCCCUUCAGGAUGCUUUCCUUCUAGCUGAUGAUGUUCUACGUCAGGGUGUCCAGGGAAUUUCAGAUAUAAUCACAAUACCUGGGCUGGUAAAUGUGGAUUUUGCAGAUGUAAAGGCAGUCAUGAAAAAUUCUGGAACAGCUAUGCUGGGAGUGGGUGUUUCUUCCAGCAAGAACCGUGCUGAAGAAGCAGCUGAACAGGCAACUCUGGCGCCUCUGAUAGGAUCAUCCAUUCAAUCUGCUACUGGUGUAGUUUAUAAUAUAACUGGAGGAAAGGACAUAACCUUGCAAGAGGUGAAUAGGGUAUCGCAGGUGGUUACGAGCUUGGCAGAUCCGUCAGCUAAUAUUAUCUUUGGUGCUGUUGUGGAUGAACGGUACAAUGGAGAGAUCCAUGUAACAAUUAUUGCAACUGGCUUCACUCAAUCAUUUCAGAAGACUCUUCUAACCGACCCCAGGGGAACGAAGUUGGCUGAGAAGGGGACUGGAACCCAAGACAGCUUGAAAUUACCUGUCACCAUGAAGUCAUCUGCCGCACCCCCUUUAAAUUCUAGGCCUCCUAGGAAGCUUUUCUUUUGAAUUUUUUUCCCUUGCAUCUUUUCUUUUCUCA